AUGGCAUAUGGACUUAUUCAAUCAUCAAAUGAGAAUGAAGAGCUAGAAGAUAUUGGUUUUCGUUAUAUUCAAGAGUUAGCAUCUAGAUCUUUUAUUGGUUUUCGUUAUAUUCAAGAGUUAGCAUCUAGAUCUUUUUUCCAAGACAUCGAAUAUGAAUUUGGCGGUAUACUUGUUGUAUUUAAAAUGCAUGAUCUAAUGCAUGAUCUCGCAUUAUCAUUGAUGCAAAAUGAAUGCGCUAUCAUAACCUCUACCACCAAACGCUUCUCUAAGAAUAUUCGGCAUUUGUUAUUUUCCAAUGACAAUUCACUUCCCAAAGAUUUUCCUACCAUUUUACAGACUGUGAAUCAGGUGCGAACAAUUCGUUUUUUGAAUGAAGAAAAAGGCAUCAACAGCAAAUCAAUCUUAAACCCAAAUGUGUUUAGAUUUCGAUUUCUGCAAACAUUGGAAUUAAGUAAUUUAAAUUUGGAGUUACAGGUGGAAAAGAUUGGUAAUUUAAAGCAUUUGAGAUUUCUCCAUUUACAUGGAAAUGCUAAAAGUAUAAAAGUCCAUAAUUCUAUUUGCAAGUUACAAAAUCUGCAAACUUUGAUGAUUUGCAAAGGAAUAGAGGAGUUACCCACUGAUAUAAGGUACUUGAUAAGCCUUAGGUUUCUACUAAUAACAACAAAAGAGAAACGAUUGUCAAAUAAUGGAAUAGGGUGCUUGAAAUCUCUUCGAUUUUUGCUCAUUGGUCGUUCUGCAAAUUUAGAAUUUUUAUUCGAAGAUAUGCAAGGUCUUAAUCAACUUCGUUGCUUAGUUAUCAAUGAAUGUGAAAGCUUAAUCUCUUUGCCGCAAGGUAUGAAAUACCUAGUUGCGUUGAAGACUCUUUGCAUUUCAGAUUGUGAAAACCUUGAUUUGGCAACAGAAGAAGGAAAAAUUAAUGGUGAAGGGUUGAGACUUGAGAAAUUGAUCCUUAAAGAGUUGCCAAAAUUGGUGAAUAUUCCAUAUUGGCUUCUUCAAGGAUCCAAGUACACUCUACAACUCUUACAUCUUAAAGCUUCUGUUUAUGUAUGGCAAUUUAUGCAGUCUCUACGCAAGUGCUUGUGA